AGAAUCUUUCAUCUGAUGUUUUUUUUUUUGGCCUUCGGGUUGGAUGAAAAAAAUGACGUUGGUGCUGCAGCUGGCUUCAAAUGAGUGUGUCAGGUCGCUUUUCUUUUUGGACGCAAGGCUAAGUACCAGAAAUAUCAAUUACCGGGCCAGGCAUGCUUCAAAGGCUCGAACUUCUACACUACAAGCUCCACCUCCUUCUGAACAUCCAGCUCAUCAAAGCCUCCCCCUGGAAGAAGUUCGACCAUUCGCUCAACCCAUCCGUGCUUAACGAAAGUAUCCCAAUGCACAGGACGUGGUGGAACAGGGAGCCCCGGUGCGCCAGCUGGACCGCUCAGAUGGCGGCAGCACUGACCGGCGUCAACAAAUGUGAUCCCUGGGGCAGCCCCGGAUUCUCUCCGACCAUCAGCGCCAUGGCUCCGCGCAUGGCCGGGCCGGGCGAGGGCGGCGGGCCCGCCGCGCUGUCGGUGGUGUUCCCCGCCUUUGACAAAUAUAUCGCCCUCGCUGUGUAUUCCUGGUACGCCCGGCCCGAGAGGGAGCCCGACACUAUAUUCGUCGGGAGGAUCGACAAACUCAUCUACGCACCGCACCCAUCUUUGCCGACGCCGUGGAGGAAUCCUUGAUAAAUUUUUGCAUAAAAGUAGCGAACUGAUAUGCUUAUUUUAUUUAGCCUUUCAAUUUCGCAGUGGCCACUCGAAAUGAAGUCACUUCAACUACAUUAAUGUUGAUGCAAUCUUUCGCUACUACUUUGCUUGCCACCAAUCGCGAACUAUGACGGACAAACAGUGCAAGAUAG